UGAAGUGAUUCACGUCGAUGUUUUUGGUGUGAAAACCCCCGUGAAUUUUCUGGCAUUUCACCCAUUUUUCUGCACAUUUGUGCAAUUUUGCAAUAGUUGGUGACUCCGUGAGAUGCUGUUGCUGGUUGCGGAAUGUCCAGCAAGGUGAAAUCCUGUCUGUGAAUGCGAGAAAGGAAUGACAUCAGUCGCGUGGGUUUUUGCCAAAAAAAUCACACCAAUUUUCACACGGAAAUUUCAUGUUCACUUCAGUGCUGAUAAGUGGUGAGGUGUCCAGAUAAGAGAGUCCAGCCAUUGGCAACGGGGGUGAGUGGAAUUUGAGUCGCGGGACGCUUCCAAGGAGCGAGAAACAAUGGAGGCGGAGGAUCGCACAAACUAUCGCCGGACGGAUGUAGAUUGGUCGAGGUAUGGCCUGGGCAAUGAGGAGCCCCAUCACUACAACAGAGCCCGACCCAGGGGGAAUUCUGGUGGGUUUGUGGACUUUGGGGAUGAGUAUCAGUACGCAGCUGGAGGUCAUCAAGCGUCCGGAGCCAAUGAGAUCUUCGCUGAGGAGCAGGGAGACAAGCCCUGGUGGCGCACAAAUUUCUUCAUAUCACAGCCGGUUCUGUUCGGCACCUGGGACGGAGUUUUCACGUCCUGCCUCAUCAACAUUUUCGGCGUGAUUGUGUUCCUCCGUUCGGGCUGGAUCGUCGCCCAGGCGGGCAUCAUCAACGCCGUGCUGAUUAUCAUUGCUUCCGUGUCCAUCGCGCUCAUCUCUGUCCUUUCGGCUGUCGGGAUUUGCGAGCGAUGCCGCGUGGAAUCUGGCGGAGUUUACUUUCUCAUCGCCCACACGCUAGGCUCCCGCUUCGGCGGCUCCCUGGGCUUACUGUACUGCUUCGGCCAGGCUGUGGGCUGCGCUCUUAACGUUCUAGGCUUCGGCGAAUCCAUGGCAAAUCUCAUUGGCCACCCUGGCAACGCCCUCGCCAUCCGAGGCUUCGCUGCCGGCGCUGUGCUGCUCCUGGGCAUAAUCAAUGUGGCUGGCGUAAAAUGGGUGGUGAAGCUGCAAUUUGCCCUGCUCGUGGUGCUUCUGCUCUCGGCGCUGGACUUCAUCAUUGGCUCCUUCGUGGCCUAUGAGCCGGACAUGGGUAUCGAGGGAUGGCUCAGUGGUAACUUCAAGCUCAAUCUCUGGUCAGACUACCAGGAUGGCUACACGUGGUUCCGCGUCUUUGGCGUCUUCUUCCCCACGAUCACAGGCAUUCUCUCGGGAAUCAACAUGAGUGGAGAUUUGAGGGCGCCCUCGACGGACAUCCCCAACGGGACUCUCGCUGCCUUCAGCACGUCAACGGUUCUCUACUUGAUCUUUGCGCUCUUCUUGGGUGCCAUUGUGAAGCGGGAUUUUCUGCUGAAGGACUUUAUGAUUGUGGUAAGAGUUUCGGCUGUACAGAUGCUCCUCUUGGCGGGCAUUUACGUGAGCAGCAUGUCCUCCUGUCUGGGCGCCAUGUAUGGAACACCACGCGUGCUGCAGAGUAUUGCCAAUGAGAGCGUGAUUCCCGGAAUCGGGGUGCUGGGCAAGGGUCGAGGGCCGAAUAAAGUGCCACUGUACGCGAUGGCUGUAGUGGCGACUGUGACAAUAACAUUCAUCAUUGUUGGAGACAUCAACACUCUCGCUCCCAUUGUCACGAUGCCCUUCCUGCUCACGUACGCGUGCAUCGAUUACUCCUAUUUUGCUCUGGCGCAGACCUUCGAUAUCCAGAAUCGCCGCGAGGAGCGAUUCCGCAUCCAGGCACAGAGUCCGUCGUAUGAGUCACGACGCUACGGCGCCACGAUGGAGGAGAGCAAUGAUCUGGAUCAUCUGUUUCCCGAGCGUACGAGGCACAAGAACCUCUCAUCGCCGUCCAAUUCUCAGGUCAACUCGCCCAGUCACAAUCACACAAACCAUCUGCCCAACUCCUCAACCACGCAGUCCAUCAACUCCGACGUGAUCUUCCGCGGGGUGAACAGUACAAAUGCAACUACUGACGAGAAUGUCGACGAAGAUGAGCCCAUCGCCGCUGCCCGGCCGCACAUCCACUCGAAGACGAAGAACUGGUACUCGGGCUUCUGCAACCGGUGGGCAUCUCUCAUGGGGGCGGCUAUUAAGAUCCUGAUCAUGAUGCUGGUGCACUGGAUUUACGCGCUCGUGUGCUUCGUCAUGGUGUUCAUCGUGUGGUUCUACGUGGGAACGGCCAAUCCAGCCGUAAAACCUGGCCUGGCGCAUGAGUUUCGCUUCUUUGUCUGGCUCAAAGGAGUGAUUUUCCGGUGCUUUGGAAAGCGCGUAAAUGAGUAUGAACAGAUUGUUGUGACGCCUUCUUGUCCGGGUGUGGAAGUGACUCAGGCGCAGCUGAAUGAGGAGAAUGAGGACUUUUCUUCGAGACGUCGCUACCAUCAAUCAUCCGUCGUUCAGGGACAAUAUGUUGAUAUUUAGGGUACGAAUUAUUGCAAUAUCUAUUGAGAGAUUACCGCGCAAAAAUUGGAGAUUAUUUGGAUUUAUUUUGAAGAGUGGAUUUUUGAGGAAUUGUCACAAGUUUUCACGUGGGUGUUUUGUUUGUAAAGUGCCUUUGACGAUCCAGAGAUUUAUUUUCUUUAUUUUCACCCACGUGAAGGAUUAAAUAAAACGUAAACGGAUUGGAGAAAGAGAAACAAUUGAAAUUCCCUGAAGAGAUUUGCGCACGGCUGGGAGGAUAUCUUGAGCAUUCUAUUGUGUAGAGAUCAUGAUGUUUUUAUAUUAACUAUUUAUUAAUUGAAUGUAAUAUCAGUAAUUUUAUUGAGAUAGAUAGAGCACAAUUUUAUCAUUUAUUUUUAUAUGUAAUACUUAUUUGAUCUUUUUACUAGUUUAGCAUGUAUUUUAACAGUUUCUAUCAUUAAGUGUAAAUAUUAACGUAUACUAUGGACAAAAACAUUCUGUAUUUAUCGCAUAUUUUAGGAUAUAAUCACAAAUUGAUGUAAUUCCUAUUGACUAUAUUUAGUGUUUGUAAAC